UUGCAGCUAAUUACAUUGGUUACUGCUCUGCCGUGUACGUUCGGGUAUCUUACGUGGAGCGCACUGUAGGACCGAAAUAUUUAGAAAAGUCACUGACAACAGGGCUCGACCGUCAGGGAUCCACUCAUCCUCACACCGUGCAGCUAGCAGCUUGAGCUAGCGAGCCAACUCAAAGCGUCCCAAUGGAAGAAAAUGACAACAUGGACUAUUUUUACCAGCAAGUUUUGCAAAAGGACGUGACCCGGCGGCUGCAGGUCGGUCCAGACCUUAUAGACUACCUCAGUGAUCCGCAGAGGUCUUCGGACGUGGAGCAGGACAAAUCCCGUCUAGAUAAGACCAUAGACGAGCUAACGGGAUGGGUAAACUCAAGCAAUUACAAGGUUGCUUUGCUGGGGAUUGAUAUAGUUAGUGCUUUUGUGGACAGGAUGGGAGAGCGUUUCAAAGGCUAUGUAGGGACAGUGGUUCCCGCGUUAGUGGACCGUUUGGGGGAUGGAAAGGAUCAGGUCCGAGACCAAGCGCAGGCACUCAUCCUCAAACUUAUGGAGCAAACGGCCACAGCUAUGUACGUUUGGGAGAGGAUGUUUCCUGGCUUUAAGCACAAGAACUUCCGCAGCAGAGAGGGUCUCUGUCUCUGCCUCGUUGCCACACUCAACGCGUAUGGGGCCCAGCCGUUGAGUCUUAGUAAAUUUGUGCCGCAUCUCUGUACACUGACGGGAGACCAAAACCCACAGGUGCGAGAGGCUGCUAUAACUACACUAGUGGAGGUGUACAGACAUGUAGGAGAGAGAGUGAGAGCUGACUUGAACAAGAGAGGCCUGCCAGCUGCAAGGUUGCAGUCAAUAUUGAGCCGGUUUGAUGAAGUUUUGAAUUCUGGAAACAUGGCUCUUAGCCUGAGUCAAGAUCGUAGUUUUGACGAUGACGACUCGGUGGACGGUAGUCGGCCGUCCUCAGCCCAGGCGGCGUUCAAAGUUCCGAAAGUGCCGAAGAAACCGGGAGAUUCCGCGAACAGUUCCCGGAGACCCAGUGGUACCGGGGCUGGGAAGAUGGGGGUGUCUAAGGAGGGAGCUGGAGCAGUAGAUGAAGAGGAUUUCAUCAAAGCAUUCACAGAUGUUCCCACCGUUCAGAUCUACUCCUCGCGUGACCUGGACGAUAACCUGAACAAAAUCCGGGAGGUUCUCUCAGACGACAAACACGACUGGGACCAGAGAACCAUCGCUUUGAAAAAGAUCCGAUCCCUGCUGGUUGCCGGGGCGACAGACUACGACUGUUUCUACCAGCAUUUGCGUUUGUUGGACGGCGCGUUCAAGCUGUCGGCCAAAGACCUGCGUUCACAAGUGGUCCGAGAAGCCUGCAUCACCGUGGCGCACCUGUCCACGGUCCUGGGGAAUAAGUUUGAUCACGGAGCAGAGGCGAUAGUCCCAGUGCUUUUCAAUCUCAUUCCCAACUGUGCCAAAGUGAUGGCCACGUCAGGCACAGCUGCCAUCCGCAUCAUUAUACGGCACACACACGUCCCUCGUUUAAUCCCCCUCAUUACUGGAAACUGCACGUCCAAGUCUGUGGCCGUCAGGAGACGCUGUUACGAGUUCCUGGACCUCCUCCUACAGGAGUGGCAAACACACUCUCUGGAGAGGCAUGCAGCAGUGCUGGUGGAGAGUAUAAAGAAAGGAAUCAGAGAUGCGGACUCAGAGGCUCGAGUGGAAGCCCGCAAGGCAUACUGGGGCCUCCGAGCUCACUUCCCGGCAGAGGCGGAGUCUCUGUAUAACUCGUUGGAGUCGUCCUAUCAGAAGACGCUGCAGUCAUUCCUGAAAAGUUCAGGCAGUGUGGCCUCUUUACCACAGUCUGACCGCUCCUCCUCCAGCUCACAGGAGAGCCUAAAUCGGCCACUGUCAUCCAAAUGGUCGGCUGCUCCAGGACGAGUUCCUGCAGGCUCUAAGUCGGCGGGCUCCUCGGGCUCCUUGCAGCGUUCCCGUAGCGACGUGGACGUAAAUGCGGCAGCGGGGGCUAAAGCUAGGCACAGCGGGCAGGCCGGGGGGGCGGGGCGACUCACCACAGCCCUGCCCCCUGGAUCGUACGCAUCACUCGAUGAUGCCUCUGAUAAGGAUGGACGACUGCGCACUAAGCAACCGUUGUCAACGGCGAGUGGUGACCUGAGCAGUCAAGUGGACUCUAGAGGACGAAGCAGAACAAAGAUGGUGUCACAGUCUCAACGUUCCGACCAUUCAGAUUGCACGGCAGGAUCUCAGUCCGCUACCCCUGUCGGUGCGGGCUCUCGUUCGGGUUCCCCCGGCCGUGUGUUGGCGAGCACGGCUUUGAGCACGCUCAGUACGGGCGCGCAGCGCGUGAGCGCGGUGCCUGGGUCUCAGCGUCGCAGUCGCAUCCCGCGCAGCCAGGGCUGCAGCCGGGACUCCAGCCCCACGCGCCUGUCUGUCGCUCCAUCAAACAUCAGCAGUAUCUACAAUGGAUCAAAAGGAGCGCGGGGUAGUCGUAUACCACGACCCAGCGUGAGUCAGGGCUGCAGUCGUGAAGCCAGUCGAGAAAGCAGCAGAGACACCAGUCCUGUCCGCUCCUUUACGCCGCUUGCAUCGCGUCACUAUUCACGCUCUACUGGUGCUCUUCAUGCCCCCGACUCCUUUGGGGCAGCAGGUUCUGGGUUGGGAAUUUCUCAGUCCAGUCGACUCUCGUCUUCAGUCAGUGCCAUGAGAGUGUUGAAUACAGGAUCAGACGUGGAGGAGGCCUUAGCAGACGCCCUGCUUUUGGGAGACAUGCGGGGCAAGCAGAAGAAGCCAGCCCGCCGGCGGUACGAGACGUACGGGAUGUAUUCGGACGACGAUGCGAACAGCGACGCCUCCAGCGCGUGCUCGGAGCGCUCGUACAGCUCGCGGAACGGAAGCAUCCCCACGUACAUGCGUCAGACGGAGGACGUGGCGGAGGUGCUGAACCGCUGCGCCUCCGCCAACUGGUCUGAGAGGAAGGAAGGGCUGAUGGGACUGCAGAAACUGCUGAAAAACCAGCGCACGCUCAGUCGGGUUGAACUGAAGAGGUUGUGCGAGAUUUUCACCAGGAUGUUUGCCGACCCGCACAGCAAGCGUGAGUCCAGAGGCUUCGGCACGGCAGAAUCCGGUAUCAGUUCAGCCUCCUUUAAGAGAGUGUUCAGUAUGUUUCUAGAAACACUAGUGGACUUCAUAGUGGUUCAUAAGGACGAGCUGCAGGACUGGCUGUUCGUGUUGCUCACUCAGCUCCUGAAGAAGAUGGGCGCUGACCUCCUGGGCUCCGUACAGGCCAAAGUCCAGAAAGCCCUGGACGUCACAAGGGAGUCAUUUCCUAAUGAUCUACAGUUCACCAUUCUGAUGAGGUUCACAGUGGACCAGACACAGACUCCUAACCUAAAGGUGAAAGUGGCCAUUCUGAAAUACAUAGAGACGCUGACGCUCCAGAUGGAGCCGCAGGACUUCGUGAAUUCUAGCGAGACCCGACUGGCCGUGUCCAGAAUUAUCACUUGGACCACGGAACCUAAGAGCUCUGACGUUAGAAAGGCAGCACAAUCUGUGUUAAUCUCACUGUUCCAACUGAACACGCCAGAGUUUACCAUGCUCCUCGCAGCCCUACCCAAAACCUUCCAGGAUGGAGCCACUAAACUACUGCAGAACCAUCUACGCAACACGGGCAAUGCAGCACAGGCUCCGAUGGGAAGUCCUCUGACGAGACACACACCGCGAUCACCUGCUAGCUGGUCCAGUCCACUUACCUCCCCAACCAACACAUCACAGAACACACCUUCACCCAGUGCAUUUGACUAUGACACUGAAAACAUGAACUCUGAGGAGAUCUACAGCUCUCUGCGAGGAGUCAGUCAGGCCAUCCAGAACUUCAGUGUCCGCAGCCAAGAGGACAUGACAGAGCCUCCCUGUAAGAGAGAGGGAGACGGAGGAGAGGAGGUGAGAACAGAGGGAUGGAAUGGAGCUGCGGAUUCAUCAGACACCGGGCGGACUGUGUUGGACAAUAAAACAUCGCUGCUCAACACCAUGCCCCUGCUCUCCUCCAGUCCCCGUCCAGUCAGAGACUACCAGCCAAUCAGUUACUCUGACUCCUCCUUUGGCUCCUCCCCCUUUAACAAGAGUCUAAAAGACACAGCCCUGGAUCAAGACGCGGAGUCUCUCACUGACGACAGCGGAGUGGACCAGUCAGAGGUAGUGGCAGAGCUGCUCAAAGAGCUGUCCAAUCACAGCGAGCGUGUGGAGGAGCGGAAGGCGGCACUGUGUGAGCUCAUGAGACUGAUCAGAGAAACCCAGCUGCAUGUCUGGGACGAACAUUUCAAAACCAUCCUAUUGCUGCUACUGGAAACACUGGGGGAUGGAGAGCACGUGAUUCGUGCCUUGGCAUUGCGUGUACUGAAGGAGAUACUCAACAGACAGCCGUGGCGUUUUAAGAACUACGCUGAGCUCACCAUCAUGAAAACCUUAGAGGCGCACAAAGAUCCCCACAAAGAGGUGGUGCGAGCUGCAGAGGAAGCAGCGGCCAUGUUGGCCAGUUCCAUCAGUCCUGACCAGUGCAUUAAGGUGCUUUGCCCCAUUAUCCAGUCAGCCGACUACCCCAUCAACCUGGCAGCCAUCAAGAUGUUAACCAAAGUCAUCGAACGGCUGCCCAAGGAGAGCCUACAGCAGAUGCUUCCAGAGAUAGUCCCUGGACUUAUACAGGGUUACGAUAACUCUGAGAGCAGUGUACGGAAAGCAUGUGUUUUCUGUCUGGUGGCUAUCCAUGCUGUGAUUGGAGAGGAUCUGAAACCUCACCUGAGUCAGUUGUCUGGAAGCAAGCUGAAGCUGUUGAAUUUGUACAUAAAACGAGCUCAGAGUGGCUCCAGUGGAAGUGACCCGCCCUCUGACAUGGGAGGACAAGGCCUGUAGCGCCAGCCUGUGGACUCACAGCUACUCGGACACUCUGAGGGCAAAAGGCCAGAGCAGUCUUUUCAACACGCAAGCCACACGCGCGCUCACACACACAUACAUACACUCAAACACACGCGCUAA